AUGGCCACCCAGCUCUGCUCUCCAGUCUUCUCCUCUGGGUCCAUCAAAGGUCUCUGUGGCACCACAGGUGGUGUCUCUCGGGUGCCCUGGGUCCGCUUGGGCUCCUGCAGAGUCCCUGGCCUCUCUGGUGUUCGGGGGUCAGCCUCCUCUGUCAGGCUGGGCCUCUCCGGCCUUGGGAGCUGAUCGCCUCGUUCCUACCUGUCCUCUGGGUACCACUUCUCCGGCUUUACUGGGAGCGGGGGCUGGUUCUGCGAGGGCUCCUUCAAUGGCAACGAGAAGGAGACCAUGCAGUUCCUGAACGGCCGGCUGGCCAGCUACCUGGAGAAGGUGCGCCAGCUGGGGGACAAUGCAGAGCUGGAGAGCCGCAUCCGGGAGUGGUAUGAGUCUCAGAUCCCGUACAUCAGCCCAGACUACCUGUCCUGCUUCGAGACCAUUGAGGAGCUCCAGCAGAAGAUCCUGCUGAGUAAGGCCGACAAUGCCAGGCUGGUUCUGCAAAUUGACAAUGCUAAGCUGGCUGCUGACGACCUCCGAACUAAGUACGAGACGGAGCUGGGCAUGCGGCAGCUGGUGGAGGCUGACACCAAUGGACUGCGCUGGAUCCUGGACGAACUGGCUCUGUGCAAGGAGAUGCAGGUGGAGUCCCUGAAGGAGGAGCUGAUGUGCCUCAAGAAGAACCAUGAGGAGGAAGUCAACACACUUCGAUGCCAACUUGGGGACCGGCUGAAUGUGGAGGUGGAUGCUGCCCCACCAGUGGAUCUCAACAAGAUCCUGGAUGAGAUGAGAUGCCAGUAUGAGGCCCUGGUGGAAAAUAACAGCAGAGAUGUGCAGGCCUGGUUCAACACCCAGACUGACGAGCUGAACCAGCAAGUGGUGUCCAGCUCGGAGCAUCUGCAGUGCUGCCAGACAGAGAUCAUUGAACUGAGACGCACGGUCAAUGCCCUGGAAAUCGAGCUGCAGGCCCAGCACAGCAUGCGGAAUUCCCUGGGAUCCACCCUGGCAGAGACUGCGGCCCACCACAGCUCCCAGCUGGCUCAGAUGCAGUGCCUGAUCAGCAACGUGGAGGCUCAGCUGUCCGAGAUCCGCUGUGACCUGGAGCGGCAGAGCCAGGAGUACCAGGUCCUCCUGGACGUCAAGACCCGCCUGGAGUCAGAGAUUGCCACCUACCGCUGCCUGCUGGAGGGAGAAGACUGCAAGCUGCCUGCCCACCCUUGUGCCACGGAAUGCAAGCCUGCCGUUAGAGUUCCUUACAUCUCAAGUGUGCCCUGCGCCCCGGCUCCCCAGAUCAGCACCCAGAUCCGCACCAUCACGGAGGAGAUAGGAGAUGGGAAAGUCAUUUCCAGCAGGAAGCACGUGCAGCUGCUGUAA